AUGCUAGCUACUAGAAAGCAACUUAAUGAGGAAAAUAUCGAUGCAUACAUACAGGCCUUAAAACUAUUAUCUAGAGAAUGCCAGUUUCAAAGCGUGGACGCCGAAACUAAUCGAUCUGACAAUAUACGUGACGCAUUUAUUUCGGGAAUCCAGUCAAAUAAGAUAAGACAGCGAUUACUCGAGAAUCUGACGUUAACCCUCGAUGAAGCGUACAAUCAAGCAUUAUCCUUAGAGAUGGCAGAGAUUAAUUCCCAACAAUACAACGUUAUUGGCUUAAACGCUGUUCAACAACUUGGAGGAGGAGUAUCACAGCCUGAAGAUCAGUGCGAGGAACAUACCGUCGCAGCUUCGCCCUCUUACAAGAGCUCUUACAAAAAUAAACGAAAAUGUUUCUUUUGCGGAAGUGGACGCAUUCAUCCCCGAAAGGAGUGUCCUGCUGUCAACCAAUCCUGUCAACUUUGUGAUAAGAAGGGACAUUUCGCGAUAGUGUGCCGCAGUAAUAAGCCAAAUAAUGCUGCAGUUUUGGAACGAGGAGAAAAUACUUCAGCAUGUAUAGGUAUUGUAGCAGCUUCUCCCAGCUCUUUAAAGAAAGCAACUGUAAUAGCAUAUAUUCAAGGAGUCCGAGCUGAAGCACUGAUUGAUACAGGUAGUAGUUUGAGUUUCAUAGAUGAAUCGUAUUUUAAUUUGUUACGACUUAAAAAGAAACCUAGUAACCAAUGUAUUUCAAUGGCUUCAACCUCUCUAACAUCACAAGUUGCAGGAGAAACCUGGGUAUCUGCUAAAGUCGGCCAGUACGAUUAUCAAAAUUUACAUUUACUGAUAGUGAAGGAUUUGUGCGCUGAUUUAAUUAUAGGUCACGAUAUUCUUAAAAAGCAUUCUUCUCUUGAAUUAAAUUUUGGUGGAACGAAAGAACCUAUCAAAGUGUGUGGAGUUGCGGCAGCUUCUGUACCUGCGGUACCCUUAUUUUCAAAUAUUUCUUCUGAUUGCAAACCUAUUGCUAUAAAGUCUCGAAGGUAUAGCGAAGAUGACAAGAAAUUUAUAAAAGAAGAAAUACGAAAACUGUUGAUGGAAGGGAUCAUCGAAGAAAGCACCUCUCCCUGGAGAGCUCAAGUUUUAAUUACGAAGAAUGCAACUCAUAAAAAGCGUCUUGUAAUCGAUUAUUCACAGACAAUAAAUAGGUAUACGCUGCUGGACGCAUAUCCUCUUCCAAAUAUGGAAGAAUUAGUAUCUAAUAUAUCGAAUUAUUCUAUAUUUAGUGCAAUCGAUCUGCAAAGUGCUUACCAUCAGAUCCCAAUCUUAUCCGAAGAACGACUAUAUACUGUUUUCGAAGCGCACGGAAACCUCUAUCAAUUUCGCCGAAUUCCGUUUGGUGUAACUAAUGGAGUGUCAAGUUUUCAAGGAGUUCUUGAUUGGAUCAUUAGAGAGGAAGAAUUGGAGGGAACAUACGUCUAUUUGGAUGAUAUAACCAUUUGCGGCAAAACUUUACAGGAGCAUGACAAGAAUCUCGAGAAAUUUAUGGCAGCCGCUUCCAAAUAUGGGCUGACUAUUAACAAAGAAAAAAAUAGUCGUGAAUCGACUGUUUCAAAUCGUCACUUAGCACCAUUGAAUCAAGAAGGUGAAAGAAUUCCGGAUAUGAUCAACAUAGAACAGCCAGAAACUUCUGAUUCAGACCAAUCACCUGUAGAGCAAGUUGGCGAACCAAGAUCGUUUUUGGAUUCAGAAAGUGAAAGAAUAGAACAGCCAGUAACUACUGAUUCAGACUAA